CUUGGUUCCGUCAGUAUACGGCGUGACUUGUAACGUGCAACAACCACUCUCCCGUGUCUUCUUCAGUAAGACGGUAAAGUGAAAGUUAUGAGCAUCUUUCGUGGAACAACGGCUACAACAUGGUUCCAGGCGCUGGUGUGCUGUUGCGUUACCGCAGACAAUCUCAGUGGAUUCUAUUACGAGAAUAUUGAAUCGCGCCUUAACGCCAUACAGGCCUUCGAGAGGGAUCUACUGACCUACACCAAUCACACCGUUCAACAGCUUAAGCUCAUGACUCCGCUGCUGAGCAAGCUGCAACUGGCACCCCAACAGCAAGCCACCACAUCGUCGUCGUCGCCGCCGUCGUCGUCGUUGAGUUCAGUCCAGAUAAAUGGUGGCACUUUGGCCGCCAGUUGCCGCGAAGUACCGGCCACUACGUCCGGCAUUUAUCGCAUCGACCCGAACUAUCCGUUCCAGGAACCGAUGGCGGUGUACUGCGAGCAGUCGUACGAGGGCGGUGGCUGGACCGUGAUACAGCGACGGAUGGACGGAUCGGUUAACUUUAUGCGCGACUGGCAGGAGUACAAACGUGGCUUUGGUACGCUGCGCGGUGAGUUCUGGCUCGGUCUCGACCAGAUCCAUCGUCUAACGAACGUGGCACGCCACGAGCUGGUGGUGCUGUUGGAAGAUUUUGACGGUGGUCGGGCGACUGCACGCUACGACCACUUCCGGAUCGGAGCGGAGAGUGUAAAUUAUGGGCUGCUUGAGCUGGGUCGGUGCGUUUCCUGCUCCGCCGGUGACUCGUUGGACAUUCAUCUGAACGAAAGCUUCUCAACAUACGAUCGGGAUAACAGUAAGGCACUGUUCAACUGUGCCGCCAAGUUCGGUGGUGCGUGGUGGUUUUACAGGUGUCACAAGAGCAAUUUAAAUGGAGAGUAUCUACGAGGAAAGCUCCCGGAAAGCCAGGAUUCGAAGGGCGUUAUGUGGAACUCCUUCCGUGGCAGCCUAUACUCGUUGAAGUCAAGUAAAAUGAUGAUCCGGCCGGUGGGUAAAAGGUGAUGAAAAUGGUACUGGUGGGGCGUCAUCAGGCGAGUGUUAUCAACUGUAGUCAUAUCAAUAAAAGCUAACGAAUGGUCCAGAUUAUUUUUUUUCUACAAAAAGGGACUGGAAUGAGA